AUCGCGAGUCCUGACCUUACCUGAUAACCUGUUAAUCUAAAAUCAAAAUGUUCAAUACCUGCUGUGUUCAAAAUUCAAAGCCAAUGACGAUGCCGGUGGCGGUGCAGCUGGUUUAUUCGAACCAAUUCGAUACAAAGUUUUGCUCGUAGUUUUAAUCGAUACAAUAUUAUUAUAACUGUAUGAUCGUACAUUGCUGGAUUACCGAAGUAAGUUAUUUUCUCGACAACUGUUUAAAAAAUAAAUAAAUAUUAUAGUUAAAAUAUAAUAAAAAUAUAUUAUUUUAAAAAUUAUCUAAUUAUUUAUUAAUGUUAAAUAAUAAUUUAUAGUAAAUAAAUUUAAAUGAUUAAUAUUUUAUUAGACAUUUUAUACAAGCGAUAUUUUUAACCAAAUCAUUUAUUUAAUACUUAUUUUUAUACUGAUGCGUUAAUUUCAGAUUUGGAGCGUAGCGAAUGAUCUAUUACCUAUUGAUCUUUUACGAAAUCAAUGGUUUUAUUAAAUUGUGUUUAUUUUUGAAAGAUAAUUUUGUCUAGUUGGUGUAUAAGUGAGAUAAUUUUAUGAUUUUCUAAGGGAUUUUUAAAAUAAUUUGAAAAAUCCAAAAGAAAAUUGGAGGUAAAACGGUAAAUAUUUAUGGUCCACCACAGCAUUACCGAUUUCAUUAUUUUAAUUUUGUAUAGGUAUACGAUGUUUUCCACCAGAAGUAUUGCUCUAAUUGAAAAAUGAUAAAAUAUUUAUUUUAUUCCUUUUAAAUAUAUGCCCGCUAAUAGAGAAAUUCCUUUUUGGAUACCUAAAGUAAUUUUCAUAAUACUUGGGAAAAAAUAAAAAAUAAAAAUUGAUUAAUAUUUACGAUAACGUGGAGUCCAAGUUUAAUUAAUUUGAUUUUUGCAAACCAUGUUUACUAACAGAAAUAUUCCUCUGAGUGAAGAAUGACAAUAAAUCGAUUUUGUUUCUUUUAAGAUACACACUGUCAUUAAGAUAGAAAGUUCUUUUUUCGCUGUUUGAAGUAUUUUUCAUAAUAAUUGGGAAAAACCGGAAAAAAACGUAGAAAAAACCGGAAAAUGUAUGAAAAUUCAAUUUUGUUUUUUUGUUACAAUUCAGUUUAAAAUAUUCGUUAAAACUUGAAAUUUUGAUAGAAAGCUUAUAUUUGUCUUUUAUAGAUGUGGUCAAAUGUUCAAAAAAUUUGAGCCACUUUUAAUCUAUUAGAUAUUUUAAUUUUGCGAGUUUUUGUAUGUAAUAUUUAUUUGGUAGGCAGUCUUUAGAUAAUAGACUAAACAGAAAUGCUUGAAAGUUUGACAAGAGCUUUAUUAUAAGUCGUCAUUUGUAGUCAAAAAUAAUUGAGUGUAAUGUAGUAUUUUGUUGUUUAUAAGAAUUUUAAAAUCAAAUUUUGACAUUAACCUUAAAUAUUACUGUCUUUCAAAACAUAUCUAACCGAACAUUCAGUGCUCGAAAUGAACUAGUGUACUCAUAGUAGAUUUCGACUCCUCAUUAUAAAUCAGUGUAUACAUUUGUUAAGUUUUGUAUAAAUUAUUGAGAAUUUGAUACAAAAGGUUCAUUGUAUGUAAUGAGGUAUUUCAUAUUGGCAUAACGGCUAAGAACUGAUGUAAUGCGGACAUAGAUGUUACCAGUGUCCCAGCUCCCCCCUUUGUAAUCAAAGUUUUGUAAUAUUUUCUUCACAACGUUUAAUAUACAGUUAGUAGGUGUAUUAUUAAAAUACUUUAUUAUAUUUGUUUAUUAUUUGUAACUAAAUAAACGUAAACAUACAAGAAAAGAAAAUUGCAAUCAAAUGUAUCGUGGUAUACUUGGAUUGUAGUAAGCAUUUCCUUGUCAUGGUAAUGUUGAAUUUAUGAAAACAAAAUUAAAAUUAUGUAAAAUAUUUAAAAUAGUAAAUACAUACAUAAUCAUUGCAUAGUAUAAUAAUAUAAAAGUAGUUUCACUUUUUACCUAUAGUUGUUAUAUCUAGUGUUUGUAGUCUAUGAUUAAUUUAUAAUACUGUGGUAGUAUGAAUGUAAUUCCUAUAGUACAAUUAGUUUACAUUAAAUAAAAUAUUAAAAAAGCUGCCCUUGAAUGAUGGAGAUGGAUUCAGCCAUAUUUAUAGGUAAUUUAUUGUAUAUCUGUAAGCAAACCAUUGCUAACGAUUUUCGAUACUACUCGGACACUAGUGUCAAAAAAAGGGAUUUAAAAUAUUUUGAAUACAUGAACUUGUAGUUAGUCCUUGUUAUAUUAAUAAUAUAUUCCUACUUUAAAAAUGUAGGGGGAAGGGGGUUGAACCCCUAAAUCCCUAAUACCCUCUCCGAUCACCCCUUGAAAUAAUCAUUGUACUUAAUUACGUUGUAAAUAAUUUGUCAUUUCGCGUUUGUCAUUUGCAAUAAUAGGUCCUUUCGACAUUCUGAGAAACUUAUUGUUUUAAAUAAAGACCUGAUUUAAUUGCAUUUAAAACAAACAAAAAUUGCAUAUAAAAUUAUAUUAUUUUACCAAAAAAUACAUAAAACUUGCACUAUAUAAAUAUAAAAGUUAGAAAAGUUAAAAAAAUUAGAUAAAUGUGUUAUUUUUUUAAUUAAAAGUGAUAAUUAGAUACAUUUCUAAAUUAUUUUCAUUAAAAUUAAACCUACUAUUACUUAAAAUAUGUACAAAGAAGAACUACGUUCUACAUCUACACUAGUUAUUGGUGCAUAUUUAAAGCAAUUUAAUAAAGUAGGCGUUAUAUCUAAAUUAACAUUUGCAUUACUUGACAUGACUUCAUAGAAAAACUUUAAAGUUUUAUACCCUUCAUUUUUUUCAAUUACAUACAUACAUUUUUCUUUAAUUUUUUUCCCAAUAGGACCAAGAAUAUUUGUUAAAAUACCUUCAAUUUUUCUAAAAAUAUUCAUGUUUGUCAGUAGUUGACUAUUAGAUUCUUCCAAAUUUUCAAGAUUCAUGGAUAACUCGGAUAAGUGUAAUUUUAUGAAUGCUAAACCAUAUUUCAUUGUGUUAUUUUGUACAAGCUGUUUCAGCUUUUCGACACUUGUAGCAUCAUCUGUUAAACUUUUAAUCACGUUUUUAAAUUCUUCAAAAUUAUUUGCAUAGAAAAGUGCAGCAUUUAACUAUGUUCCCCAUCAUGUAAUAAUAGGUUCCGGUGGUAAUGGUAUACUCGGCAUUUCUUUUCUGUAAUUAUUUGUUCUCGAUGGUGCUUUUAGGAAAGUUUUAUUUCCUGAAAUAAACGAAAAAAGUUAUAUAUGUAUUUAAAUUUUGAAUUGAUACUUAAUUUAUUACCAUAGUCAAUCAAUUUAUUAGUGUCGGGUUACAAUUUUCGAAUUUUUUCUAGAACUCUAUUAACUGCGUGUGCCAUACAUGCAAUAUGAAUUAAUUUCGGGAAAAAUAUUUUUAAUGUCUUUACUGCUUUGAUUAUAUAAGUACCAGCAUCACUAAUAAAAAGUAAAAUGUUUUGUUCAAUACCAGGACAUUUUUUUAUCGAGGAAUUAAUAAACUGAUAGUUUUAUAAUUGGUGGAUUCUAGUUCUUUACACGCAACUAAAUAUGAUUUCCUAGGCUUCCCAUUUAAUUUACCAAUUAUACAUUUGCAAUAGCCAAACCUAAACGAAAAUAAUAUAUUUUAUUAUAUGAGAAAUUAAAAAAAAUAUGUAUACAAACCUCUUGGGUCGGUUGUAUCGUCAACAAUUAUGUAAACGUAAUUAUUUUCAAUAUUAAUUAUUUGGUCUAUAACGCUUUUAUAAAUAUUUGGUAUGUAAUUUUUUCUUAAAGUGCUUUCGUCCGGAAUUGAUUUGCCAGUAUGAUUUUUCAAAAAUGAUUUUAAUAAAUGGUUGUCCAGCUUAUUCAAAGGAAUAUUUGCAGUAACAAAUGCAUUAAAUAAAUCUUCAGAAAACAUAUUUUUACCAUUCGAAUUUUGAGAGGUAAUUAAAAGCUGUUUUUUUCUUUAUUCCUUUGUAAUGCAUUUAUGUGUUGAACUAAAAAGAAAUGUGUAUUUUUGAAAUAAUAUGUAGUAUAUUAUGUGUAGUUUCAGUAUAAAAAAAAAAACUUAUUUGUUUUGGAAUGAUGAUCUUAUAGAUAUUUUUUUUUCAGUAGGCACAGAUUUGUUACAUACGAGACAAUAUAUAAUCUAUCCAUUCGAUGAACAAACUUCUUUAUUUUCAUCGUGAGAAGCAACCCAAUUUUAAAUUUUAUUUUAGGCAUUACGUCGAAUACGUUUAUUGUGCGGUCAAACUGAUCAAAGAAAUAGGUACUAACAGGAAAAUGCACACGAAUCGUUGUACUACUACGUUGAAUUCAAUUUUCUCCAUGUAUAUAUAUGAUCGGGCCUUCCUACUUCGAAAACUCCAGACGAAUGAUAAUCGUCUAUGAUUUAAAAACGUGGUAAAAUUGCAAAAAAUUGAAAAACCGCCGAAAAUUGAAAAACUGCAUUCUAAAAUUUCUAAAAUUAAAUAGGCAGAAUAUUUUUAUUAUAUAUCGGCUAUCAGAUCUGAUUUAUCUUAAUUGAAAAAAAAGUUGAAAUAUCAAUUGAACCCGGUCUUUAGUCAUAACAAAAUAUCAGUGACUUAUUGAAAAUACUUGUUUUAUUUUUUCGAAUUUGUAGAGCUAUAACAAGCUAACUAGAAAUUUAAUGAACAAAUAUUUUAGAUGAAUAUAAUUAUGGAGUUGUAUUGUCUUGGUGGUAGAUAUUUUCAUUUCAGUCGGAUGUCAAACGGUAUUUUCGAAGACAAAGAACGGUAUUAUCAAAGGACCAGCAAUAUUUCCUAGAUGAAACCUUAUAUCUCUUUUCAAGGAUAAUCUUUGGCAAGCAGACUUAAUAAAUAUGCAACAGAAUUCUAGGAAAAACAGUGGAUUUAAAUAUAUUUUAAUUAUAAUAGACAUGUAUACUAAGUAUGUAUGGGUACAAUCAUUAAAAAAUAAAAGCAGUACAGAAGUUACGAAAAUAUUUUUAAAAUUGUUAAAAACGAAUCAACCAAAAUUAUUACAAACAAUAAUGGAACGGAAUUUUACAAUAAACCGUUUCAAGACCUUAUGAACAAAUAUAAUAUUAAACAUUAUAGUACGUAUAGUAGCAUUAAGGCAGGUAUGGUUGAACGUGUUAUAAGAAUAAUUUAAAAUAAAAUUUACAAACAUUUUACAUCGUCAGGUACAUGGAAUUGGUGCAAUUCAAUUUCAAAGUUAAUAACUAAUUACAAUCAAUCAUUCAACGAUUAAAUGUACACUGGUUAAUGCUAGAAAAGAGCAUAAAUUAUCAUUUAAGUUAAACAAUAAGAAAAUAAGAAAACCUAAAUUUAAAGUUAUUGACAAUGUUAGAAUAUCUAAAUAUAAGCAUGCAUUCAGUAAAGGGUAUACACAAAAUUGGACUACUAAAAUAUAUACAAUAACAAAGGUUUUAAACACAAAUCCAAUAUCUUAUCAAUUAAAUGACGGUUUAAAAAAUACAGUUUUAGGAUGUUUUUAUGAGUAAGAAAUUACAAAGACAAAUUUCCCGAACACUAUUCUUAACUUGAAAAGAAAUAAGAAUAAAAUGUAUAUCAAAUGGAUGAGAUUCGACAACAGUAACAAUUCAUAAGUUGAAAAAUAAUUUGAACUUAUUAUUAUACUAUUGUUAUAUGUAUAUUAUAAAACAUUUUUAGAGAUAAAUAUAUAAAUAAAAACUGAAUUAUUUCAAAUGAAUGUAAAAACGUACUAAACCAUUUAAAAACUUGAUUUUGUCAUGAUAAACGUCUAAUUCGUUAGUUUAAAAAAUAAUUUAUUUUUAUCGUGAUAAAAGGUUAAAACCUUUGGUGUUGAUAUUUUGAAACAGAAUGAUUCAACAACAGAUUCCUCAGUCAAGAUAAAAUCGUCUUCGUCGUUUUUAAAACGGUAACUUUAAAAUGCACAGUAAAGCACGAGGGAUUUUUAUUUUUAUUUGAAUGUAUGGGUAUUAGACUGGAAGUUAGAGGAAGAUACAGUGAUAUGAAAAUGAGUGGUGUUUCUAGUUGAACAUACAUUUGUGUAAGAACGCUAUAGAAAACUCAUGUAAGUAUAGACAAGGAGAACCAAUAGAAUUUUAAUGUAGUUUGGCUAGAAAUUAACGAUUAGUCGUGAGGUUAAGACUAGAUAAGUUCAGAGCUAUACGUGUGUAUUCAUGAAGUUUUGAUAAAAAUAUGUGAGUAAACGGGUCGAUUUCACCAAAAACACAUUAAUCGCGAUUUAAUGUAACUGAGCAAUAAUUAGAUAAAAUAUUCUUGAUAAACAUUUUUUGGAUUUCAUCAUUAAAAAUUACGAUUUUACUGACCACGGUUCAUUAACUUUGAUUAACAUAUUUAUUCACGAUUAACAUCCGUAUCGCCAUGAUAAGCAAUAUUGAUAACAGUGACAUUAUUCAAAUAGAUUAAAUUAAAAUAUUACAUUUUGACUACAUAUUUCAGCUAGUUAGUUCAAAUAUAUUAAUUAAUAUUUAAAAAGUUAAUUAGAAAAAAUUAAUAUGAAUAGGAUUAAUUAUUAAAAAAAAAGGAACGCGAAUCUUUUUUUAUGAGUCCUAGAUAUUGAAUUUAGUCGCCGACCACUUAAGGGUAAUUUAGUGCAAGAAGACAAUAGGACGACAAUGUAAAACAAAAUUUAAGGGGGUUCUUAUAUUAUUGAAACCAUUAGUCUUUUUUCCUGUGGUUGAUAAACGACAAAAUCGUCUUCGUUGUUUUUAUAAUGGUAUCUUUAAAGUGCACAGUAAAGCACGAGGGAUUUUUAUUUUUUAUUUUAAUGUAUGGGAAUGAAUACAGAAAAAACGGAUAUACUUUGUAAGAUGUGUGGGCCAUUGUUGUAGGUGAAAAGUUGAGAAGGUAGAGGGGAAAUUUAAUGUAUAUCUGUACGCAAUAAUUAAUCAUUUGCUAACGAAAAAUGAUUCUGAGUGAAGUUCGCUGUUUGAAAGGUCAUUAUAUUUAAGAUUUGAAAAUAAUAAGUUUCAUACAUUUUUCCGUUAUUUCUAACGUUUCUUCCCAGUUUUUCCCAUUUAUUAUGAAAACCCAUGAGAAAAAAAAAACAAAAAUUUCUUUAAAUCACCAUCCUAGUUAAAUUUUCUUUCAGAAAAGGCACUACACUUAGAAAUCGAAGUAAAAUUUCUGGUAAAAAAGUUAUUCACAGAAAAAAAAAUCAUUAAAUCUUUGGUGAAAUUGAGCUUAAGUAUUAGUUUUUUGAAAAACAUUAACUAAUAUCUAUAUCAUUUUUGAAAAAAAAAAAAAAUAUAAUAUUAUUAUGGGUAGAAUUUCAUAGCAUAAUCAAAAUUUGUAUUAUAUAAUAUAUUCAGAAGACUUUUAAACUUAACACAUUUAUUUCACAAUUUCCAUAGUAUUUAUUUUUAUAGAACGCCUACUAUUGAUGGUAAAUAUAGCGGGACUGCUUGGCCAAAAUGCACUUCUAGUCAGUUUUUACACGUCAAUUCUGCUUUACUGAAAAUCAUCAAAAAUCCAUUCGAGGAUAUCCACAAAUUCUGGAGUAAACUCCCGUAUUUUUAUCUUCAAAUCGAAUUACGACACAAACACCACUGAUAAAUAUAAAAACAGAAUUAUAAAAAUAAUAUAAUUUUGUACACACAGAUUAAUUUUUUGAAAUCGCAAAUUGUCUUUUAAUAAUCGCCAUAAAUUAUUACAAGAUAAUGAUAUAUACAUUAUAAACACUACAGUUUUUAAGAUUGAUAUUAUUAUCAGUAGUAGCUGUUCUAAUGCUAUGUACACUUAUUAAAUUCUUGUGGAACUUGAUUAUCUGUAGUCUAAGUGAGUGUAAAUCCAGUAAAUGUUAUGUUAAUCAAUUGAUUAUUUUUAUAACGGAAUCAACACUUAAAUUUGUUGGUUACUUACCUAAGUGGAAAUACCGCAGUGUCUGUAUACACAAAGCUAAUUUUUCUUAGCAGACAAUAUUUUAAAAAAAUAUUUUUUUUUUUACUCAUAAGUUUACGCCAUGAGUGUAAAGAUAAAAUAUGUACAUAUACUUAAUAUUGUAAUAAGGUAUUUUUUUACCGAUUCUUUUAGUGAGUAUAUAAUGUAUACAAUAUACACAAUACACAUACAUAUAAUUUAAAGGUUGACUGAAAUUAACACGACAAUGUAAAUAAGGUACAGUUAUAUUUAAAAUCAUUUUUAACGUUUUAGAAUUAUUAUCGUUUUGUUAUCUUGAACAACAAAAGUAUUUUUGAAUAACUAAUUAUUAGAUACAUUAUUAUAAUUUUGUAAAUUAUUUAAAGGAAUUUGUUUUAGGCAUUUUUUAGUUUAUUAACAUAAUAUAUCGUAUCAAUAAAGAAUAUAGAUUUUUGUAGAUUUCAUUAACCAAGUGGUCCAUUAACUUCUCUUAAAUAGUAAGAUCAAUCAAUAUAAUUCACAGGGCAAAAGAAAAAACUUGUCAAGAAUAAACAAAAAAGAUGUUCUAGGAUAAUGGAAACGGGUACAGCCACUAUUAUAGGUAAUUUAAUGUAUAUCUAUAAUCAACGAUAAACUAUUUCUAAUGGAAAAACGAUUCUGAGCGCAGUUCAGUUCAUAUUGAUGCUUCGUCAAUAAUAUAUAUCUCAUAUUAUAGUAAAAUAAUUAAAUAGGCAUUAUACAUUUUCAUUGAUAAUAUUUAUUUAAUAUUUUACCGAUUUUCCCGUUUUUCCUGGUUUUCCCAUGUUUUCCCCGUUUUUCACAUUUGCUGGGAAAACUUUUGGGAAAUCAGAAAAAUGACUUUCUUUAAUUACCGUGGAGAUAACAUUUCCUUUUAAAAAAUAAGCUACAUUUGAUACAUCGGAGUAAGAUUUCUGAUAAGUUUGCACAACAAAUCGAGGGGUAUUUUGCGAUUAAAAUAGUCCGAGCGAGCGAUGUCUUUGGUUUCUAGGUACACUUAAAGGCAUAUGUUUUUCCUUGUUUAGGUAAAAGAGGGGAAAAAAUGUAAACAAUUUUUUUCGACACACUGGUUUGAACACAGAACUUCUAGGAUAGUAAUAGACAUAAAUAACCAAUAGAUCACGACAAAUAUGCUUUAAGUGAGAUAAUAUAGAGUUAUUUAACAUAACAUAUAAUAUACGCAUAAUAUCAGAACUUCAAAAAGCUAUAAUUUCGAAACUUAGUCAGUCCAUUAAUUCUGACUUCAUCAUAGUUUUUAAAUCAACAAUAUACAUAUUACAUUAAAAAAAAAAAAAUAAAUUUGUUCCACUUAAUUUUUUUUUCUAUUUUUUUAAGAAGAACUAAACCUUACAAUCAAAGACCUUAAGAAUAUGAGAGCUGCAGGCUUGGGUCAUAUAUUGACAGUACAGAUUAAACAUUUUGGACAGGGUGCCAAGAACUGGCUUCUUGACUUCUUGACCUACUGGCCUUUAUUUUCGCCUUUUUAAAAUCUACGAAUAAUUGUCACAUAUUCUGUCAAUACUCGUACCUUUUUUUUUAUUAUUUGACCUACUAUGGAUAAUUGUUUUGUAGUUAAACGACCUUUCCGGAAGCCGCAUUGGUAAUCAACUGAGCAAACCUCCGCAUAAGGGAAAAUACGAUUUAGUAGUACUCUAGAGAACACUUUGUACGCAGAGUUCAAGAGCGAUAACGCUCUAUAAUUGUCAUAUUUUGUCUUGUUUCCCUUUUUGUGUAGUGGUAUGGUGAUUGCCUUAUUCCAGCUAUCCGAUACCCGUUCUUCAGCCCAUAUUUGCUGACACAGUUUAUGCGAUAUCGAUAACCGUGAUAUCGUAAGUAAAUAUAGUAAAUAAAUAUAUAAAUAAAAAAAAAGAGUUAAUACUGGAGAUAGGAGCGGCCACUAAUGUAGGUGAUAAGUUGGAAAGGUAGGAUAUAUAAGGUUAUUUCAUUUAUAUUUGUAAGCAACGAUAAGCUAUCGCUUGACGAAAAACAAUUCUGAGCGUAGUUUAAUAGUACAUAAUUUGAAGUGCCGUAAUUUUUUUUGCAUUUUACGUUUAAAUUUUAUUUCAAAACGUUUAUAAAAAAAAAAAGUUAUUCGUUGAUUUUGAAAAUGUUACCACUUCUAGGUCAGUUCAGUAUAAGUAUUAUUACCAAGUUUCAAGUUUCUACGUAUAUUUAUAACCGUGAAUAACUCCAAAAAAUUAAAAUUCCUCAAAACCUCAAAAGCUAUGCUGUGUUUUUCGAUUAAAUAAUUUUUUCUAGUAGAAAAUGUUAUCAGAGUUUUUAUAAAAUAAUAAAAUCGUGAAAUUCUACGUUUUCCAACCUCUUGUCUCAAUUAAGUGCUUUUAUUUAAAAAAUAGCAUCAAAAAUCAAAAAAUGAUCUCUCUAAAGUACCAUCUAGACAGCUUGAUAUUUCAGAUAAAAUGUGAUCCGUAAAGAUCUGAGCAAGUUUACAAAGGAAAAAGCGUGUCCACAGACUAGAACAAAGGAAAAACAGAAGAAAUAAACAGCAUCGGCUGUUGUAAAACCAUUGGCUCUUUCGCUAUGCUCGGAAUCUAUAAAUGCGUUUAAAAAAUAUAUAAAUUAAAAAAUGCGUCACUUGGAGUAUUAUGGUAAGUUUAAUAUACGACCGGUUUCGAAUUAAAAAUUCAUUAUCAAGUAUAUCACAGUCAAAAUAUAAAAAAUUAAAUGAAGGAAUACAUAGAAAAAAAAAAUUAUCCAAAUUGGUCGUUUUACAUAGAAAUAACUUAUUUUAAUAGGAGAGAUUAUUUAAAAUUAGUUAUUAUUAGACACAGACAUAUAUUAAGAAAUAUAAAUUAUUUGGUUAUUAUUUAUUUAAAAUGUGAUGUAAGAUUUUAUUUUUAAAAUUGGUUUGUACUUACAUUUAAAAUAUUAUUAAAAUAAUUUUUCUUUAUUUUAUUCUAUACAUAUAAUUCUUCUAAAACUGAAUUAAUGUAAAUGUUAUUUUGGGAAUUCAAUAUCUCUAAGUCUGUAUAAUAUAAAAGCUUAAAUUAUGGUUAUUUUCUAAAACAUGUUUAGCGAAAUUUGAAUUAGGGGCAGUCUUUUUAAAUUUUAUUUCAGAUUUUUUUUUUUUUAAUUUCACUGCAUGUUUGUUCACCGGAAAUAAAAACCAUAUAAUCGUUAUUUUAUUCGUUUAUUUAAUCGUGACUCUCAAUAAUUGUAUUAUGAUUUCACAUAGUUAGUAUAGGUAUAAUCAUCGUAAAUAUGUAUGUACAAUAUGAUUAUUUGAUAUUAGAGAUAAUUAUUUAUGUUUAAAUUAUUAUUAUUAUUAUUUUUUUUUACUAUUGCAAUGUCUGCAAUCAUAAUUAUUGAAUGCAUAACAUGAGAUAAAAUCACCUAUGCAAACUAGAACGCUUCGUGAUGACCUUGUUGAUUAAAUUACACAAGGUACACAUGCAAUUUAUAAUAUCUGGAUAAUGUAAUAGGUAUCAUAUUGUUCUAUAUUUAAAUAUUGGAACAUUUGAAACCGUUGAAUCAUAUUAUAGAUAUUCUAAUAUAAUAUAAGGUAUACUGAAGUUUUAAAUAUAAGGCUUUUCGCUACAACCAAAAUAGGUACAUAAAAACGAUAAGAUAAUUAGUGGCUAGUAUUUUAUUUGGAUAUAUUUUUAGACGAAUAUUGUACUCUGUAAACCCGUGGCCAUAGUGGUACGGCUAUUUAUCUAUGCAUAAUGUUGCUUAGUAAAACAAAAUUAUAAAUGAAUAUUAACUGCAGUAUAUUAAAUAAAAAAAUAUAUAUAUAUACAGGUUAGGUUAAGUUAUAUUAUAUAUGUAUGAUAAAAUAACCAAAACAAAAUUAAGACACUUAAGAAUAAUAGAACAGGAAUUAUGAUUAUUUUCUUUAGAGUCGUACUUCGUGUUCCUCUAACCAUUUUAUUGCAACUGGACUACAUUCGUGCAGCGCCAAUUACUCCAAUUUCGAACAUUGUUCUUUGGCAUUCCUCUACAUUGUAGAGUCUACAAUAUGAUACGUGUCUGUGUGAUCCCACAUUUACAUAGUGAAGAUUCGGGAAUACCCCACUUAUGUAACAAAUAGUUACACCUACCUUCCUCCGUUCUUAUACGGAUUAUGACCGUUUGGUAGUACAAUGUAACAUGACAGUGUAAAAGUGUUGAUUAAUUAUUAUUUAUUUAUUUUUUUUAAACAAUUAUCUAUAAUUGUUAAACAUAAUCGAUAUAGAGUACAGAAAUCAUUAGCUAAUAAUACAUUACAUUAUGAAAGACACAUGAUAUUACAAUCACUAAAGUCGAUACGGUAUUUAUAGAACUAUUAAAAUGUAUUUUUUAAAACUAUGUAAUAUAGCGGUUUGAUUUAGCUAUAUCGACAUAAUUGUGGAACAGUAUAUUUAGAUGGUAACUAAAUAUUGAAAAUCAUUGUGGAUUCGAUUUGUUUUUAAAUUAAUACAUUAUAAAUACUUACUUUUUAAAAAGUGUAUGUGUAUAUACGUAGGUGUGUUAUAAGUAAAUAUCAGUGACUUAUUGAAAAUACUCGUUUUAUUUUUUCGAAUUUGUAGAGCUAUAACAAGCUAAUUAGUAAUUUCAUGGACAAACAUUUUAGAUGAAUAUAAUUGCAUUAUGGAGUUGUGUUGUCUUCGCGGUAGAUAUGUUCAUUUCAGUCGGAUGUCAACCGGUAUUUUUGAAGACAAAGAACGGUGUUAUCAAAGGACGAAUUUUGAAAUCUAGAGAUGGACGUCCGUAUCAUUCUUAUACGGGCAUACCGUAUGCAAAACCACCAAUACAACGACUCAGAUUCAUGGUAGGUUGAACAUAAAUACGUUCAGGGUUGUAUUUAGAUGGAGACAACAGGGGGAGGGAGUUGCCCUGAGUGGCUGAAGAAAGGGGACGGCUUUAAUUUUUAUAGAAAUGUAAAGAGAUUUUGGGCUGAUCGGGAGAAAACAUGAUUUUUUUUGCUCAUCGUGGUUUUUUUGUUGCCCCAGGAUUGCAAAUUCCUAAAUACGGCCCUGAAAGAGUUUAUUUCUUCUUAAAGUACUUCAGACUUCUGAUACUGGUCUUACUUUUCUACCUUCGCUCAUUCCAUUUUGUCUUCAAUAUUUUCUUUUGUAUAUUUGAAUGUUUAAGAUCUAGGUCCUUAUUGCGGGUAUGUGAGGUAAACUUUAUUCUUUGUCGCACAUUUCAUUUUUCCCCAGGUAUGAAAACAAUUACGUUAAGCAUAUUAUAAAAUUGGAUUGGGAUAUUAAAAUUUGAGAAUACCUAUCUACUGUAAAUAAGUCGUUUAUAAUAUCAUACCAUCAACGUUUAUUUAAAAUUGUCAAUAUUUAGCCACCGGAAUCGGCGGAACCGUGGAACGGAACAUGGGACGCUACAAAAGAACCGAAUAUUUGCAUUCAAGAAGGAUACGUAGACGGUUACGAAGAUUGUUUAUACUUAAACGUGUAUGCACCGGAAACUGAUAAAAAACGAUUGCCGGUCAUAUUUUGGAUUCACGGAGGAGGAUUUACGUGGGGCCAUAGUGGAUCCGGCCUAUUUGGACCAGCAUAUUUUAUGGAUAAAGACGUGGUUUUGGUAACGAUCAACUAUCGACUUGGUAUACUAGGUGAGUAUAUUAUAAUUUAUAAUAUAAAUCAAUUAUCAGAAAUUAAGAAGCGAAUCUGAUCUGUAAAACGAAUAAUUUUAGACUAGUGCUUUUGUGCUCUUUUCCCAUUUAACAAACAUGAUGAGCAAAAAAAAAAAUCAUUAAGGUCACCAAGCAAACAAAUCAUAGUUAUAAAAAUAAAAUUCACAACUGCUCUCUGUUGCCUCUACCUAAAUACAUUGGCUUUCCUAAUAACUUUAAUUGAUACCCAAUCACUGGUCAUUAUUUAUUUUUUAUUUUUGCUCUAUAUUGUAAAAUACAAAUUUGACCUUUCAUCACGGCUUAUGCCUCCCCAUACAUUUGUUCAUUUCCCUUCCCCAAUUUUGGAAACACUGUUUUAGAAUCUGAGUGUAGCGUAAAAGCUAUUAGUUUCAUUAUGGUAUAUUAUUUUUUUUAUCGGGAAACAUUUUUUUUUACCUUAAAAGAGAUGAGAGUUUUAUAUAAUUUUAUAUUUAUAAUAUUAUGGCGUUAUUAUUUCAAAGGAUUUCUUAGCACUGAAGACGAUGUGUUACCCGGAAACUACGGAAUGAAAGAUCAAGUGUUGGCUUUGCGUUGGGUACGGGAAAACAUAAUCACUUUUAAUGGUGAUCCUGAUCAGGUUACGAUUUGUGGCGGAAGUGCCGGAAGCGCUUCUGUGGGAUUUCACAUGUUGUCACCAAUGAGCAAAGGUCUUUUUCACAAAGCCAUUCUUCAGAGCGGUAGCCCGGUUUGUAUUUGGGCAAAUUGUCCGUCUGGAGUGUCCCGUAAGCGUGCCUAUUCGGUAGCCACUAUUGCGGGAUGCAAUUUUAACAAUUCCGAAGACAUUUUAAAUUGUUUAAGAAUACUUCCGGCUAAAUACUUGCAGUCUGAAAUGCAUACUAAGUUAUUUGUAAGUUAUUAUCAAUUAUAUUUUUUUAAAUAAUCAAUUGUAUAAAUUAAUUAGUAUGAACGAGUAUUUACAGAGGAAUAUGCAAUUUUAUUUGAAUUAAUAUUUUUUUUAAUUGCGAUCGACAAAUUUUCCGAUAUUAAAUUAAAAUGCUUAAAAUGUAUCUUUUCGUUAAAUGUAUAUUGUUUAUACUUAUUAUCAAUUUAUGUAUAGAAGAUUAAUACAUUUUCAUAAUUACCUAUAUACUUUUACAGACGUGGUUAAAAUAUCCUGCCAUUUUAUUCAGUCCCGUUGUCGAAAAUUGUAAGUCCAGACAAGAAGCAUUUUUGUGUCAUCAUCCGAUUUACGAUUUUCAACAGGAAUCUUUUGUGCCCGCCAUUAUCGGCAUGAAUUCCGCCGAAGGUGGACUUAUGGCUAUUCGUAAGUUUAAAUACCAUAGUUCGUACAUUUAUCGUACAAAAUAAUAAGUGUUACAUUAUAUGACUCGUAUAGAAUAAAAAAUUAAUGAUGGCACAAAUAAUAAUAUAAUAUACCAGGUAUAUUAUACCUAUUUAUUUUUAAAAAUAAUUAAUUUUAAUUUUUAAAUCACUGUCGUAUAAAUCCAAAUUUUUUUUCCACGAUUUCUUAUUCUGAGACAAAAAUAUUUAGAUAAUAAAUGUUUUCCACUAUAUUCUGCUAUAGCUUUAUGUUUAUUUUAAGUUGAUUUUUAUGUAUUUUUUACUUACACUACAAUAUUAGCCAUUUUUGUUACUUUCAAUUAUGGAUUUCAGAUUUCGAAAAUUUGCUCUGAUAAUUAUUUUUGUGAAAACAUUUAAAAUAAUAUCAUUGAAUAUUUUAUAUAGUCAAUUGUAUUGAAAUAUAGUGAGGUACCUAUUAUAUGAUACUAUAUAAUAUUAUGUAGUACUAACCAAUAAUAUUACUUUUCAUAUUAUAAUAUUUAAUAUAAAUAUAUUGCUUUUAUUCAUACAUUUUUGUUUCCACUUGCAUUUUUCCCAACCCCGACAUCAUUGACAAUUUGUUUAUUCGUAUAUUCGUAUAUUCGUUAUUCGUAUAGCCCUGUACAACAGAACUUCAUUAUUGUACACGGAAUUUUCCGAGGAUUUCAAUCGUCUUUGGCCUAUCAUUUCGGGGUACAAUUUUUAUGUGACACCUGAAAACAUACAUAAGAUAGUGGAUAAAAUUAGGAAAAAGUAUUAUCCGUCAGGAUCGAUAAAUGACGAUUCGCAUUCGGAAACCGUUAAAGUAAUAUUUGAGAAAAUAAAAAAUGUACAUAAUGUAACAAAACUUGUAAUAUUAUUGAAUUUCAGAUGUUUACUGAUUCGAUUUUUACUAAAUGCGUGUUUGAAAUGGCGUAUCAGCUAUCGUCUCCCGUGUAUGGUUACAUUUAUAAUUAUCAGAAUGAGUUUUCGCAUAAUAAAAUUUACGGCUCGUGUGACAAACCUCUGGGUGUUACUCAUGGUGACGAAAUGAAUAGUCUAUUCAAAAUGAAUGAUUUAAACCCGAUUGAAUUAAACGAAGAAGAUCUCAAAGUUUCAAAAUUAAUGAUCAAUAUAUGGUAUAAAUUCGUUAGUACUGAGUGAGUAAAAAAGACCAAUUAUCGUAUAUUUCAACCUAUGUUUAUUUAUCCGUCGAUAAGUUUCCGACUGAAUAUUAUAAAAAAAAUCCCCCCCCCUCGAUAUUAUAAUAUAAACUGUGAAAGUGACGGACGUACAGCUUUCCCUUAACAAUUAUUUAUGCUACCAAUCUGAUAUCUGCAGUAUUCAUUAAAUUUGUAUUAUAUUUUCAGCAUUCCUACUGUUGACGGUUUAGAGAACAGUACACCUUGGUCUAAGUUUACUCAAUCGGACCAAUCCAUAAUGUACGUGGAUUCAGAUCGUCCUGUUUUAAUCAAAAACCCGUAUGUCGAUGUUUAUGAGUUUUGGAAAAAACUUCCAAUUACCUCUAUCAAAAAAAAAUUAUAAUUGCCAUUAUUUUACUCGAAACAAGUUUUUUUUUUUGAAACUCAUUUGGUUUGUACAGAUUUAUUUACUACAUAUUAAAGUGUUUAAUUUAUAGCACGGAGUUCAAUUUAUUUAACGAUUUCUUAAUUGUUGGUAAAACUGGUCUUGUCUACUAAUUGUCUUUUGGAUGCCAAGAAUAUUUCCAAAAACCGAUUUGAUAUAUAUUACACUUAACAGUUUUUUUAUUCAGACAUGAAAUAUUAUGACUGUUUAAACAUUUUUAACAAUCAAUAUUAUAUGACUACUUAUAUAACAUUUAUACAUUAAUACAGAGAGAUUUUUUUAAUAUGUACCAGCAAUUUUCUCGGAUUAUUUGAAAUUAAUUUAAUUUUAAUUUUUUUUUGGUGCAUCCUCAAAGUAUCCUAUGUACAAAAUAUCCCCAGUAAUAUUAUCUCUUAUUGCAUAUUUAAAAUGUUUAUGUAUUUUUCUUUUAUUCUGUAAUUAUAUUGUAACACUAUUUAUAUUAGAAAUCUUGUUCAAAAGUAUAAAGUGUGGCUUGUAAACCUUUGCUUAAAAAUAUAUAAAUUAAAUAUAUCUAAGUAUCCUACCUUCUAAACCUCCCACUCACACCUGUGAUACAACUGUACCCAGUAAGAAAUGCCUGGCUUUUUAUAAUUAGAAUAUAAUUUGAUAGGCAUGUAUGGUUAUCUCAUUUUAAAUAGUGAUAGGUAACAUAGAAAUGGUAAAUUUAAUAUUAGUGUUAUGCAUAUCAGAAUUUCUAGAAAAAUAUUUUUUAUUUGAAUCUGUGUUCAAAAAAAAGGACUCCUAUUUGAAAAUUAAAAUUAUUUACUUAUUCAAGGUAUAUGUAAUGGUAGAAAUUAAAAAUCUUGUUAAAAUAAAACUUAAAUGAUUCUACAAACAAAAAAAAAAACCGAAAUCAAAUUAACUUAAAAUCCACCGAGAAGAUUGUUGGUUCAUGAUAGACAAAUCACCCUGUAUAAUAAAGUGAGAUCUGUACGAUGGCUGAAAAUGCAAUUCCUUUUUUCACGCCAAAAAAUUAAAUGUGUACAAACUGUAGACUGAUGAAAAAAAUUAACCAGUUUUGAAAAAUAAUAUUUGUAAAAAAAGCCAUUGGUAUGAAAACUUUUUUUAUAUUUCUUUAAAAGCUAUUGAAUGGGUUUUGAUUAUUAGCUUGAAAGAAAAUUUCUUUAAUUAUUUUAAGUUUAUAAAAGUUUAGAUUAAUAAAUUUCACAUAAACGAUGGUUCUAGUACGAUUUAAUCGAUAUCUGUAAUUUUUUUUUUAAUAGGCUCGUAAAACUGGCUUCUUGUUGUUUGUAAUAAUAGUAUACCAAUAAGUGUAGUUGAGUGCUAAAUAAUCUACAUAUUACAUUAUUAGUUUAAUCUCAUUGAAUGUUAUUCAAUAAAGUUACUUAUACGUUCAAAUAUUAGUGAUUCUUUUAGAUUCUGAGCACAACGAAGAAUGUUUGAGUUUUAUUUCCUACCUAUAUGUAAUAAAUGGUCUGUGCUUUUUUUAAAAAAUAAUUGUAUUAUUCUAUCUUUUAACAACUUUUCAACAAGUGAUUUCUUUACUCACCAACAAGUCCACAUUUCCUUACAGAAAAAAUGUUACUCUUAAAAUUUGGAGCAGAAUUCUGGUAGAAAACAAAAGUUGAAAAAAAUUUAAAACAACAAUUUAAAUGACAUUUUUCGGGUUUUCCUAGAUAUUAUGAAAACUUUUCGAUAAAUUAAAAAAAUGUUUAUUUCCACCAAUUAUUGCACCAACUAGAUUUAAAAUUCAACAAAAAAAGUAUUUUGUCAUUUUUCGAUUGAAGUAAGAUUUUUUGUAGACAAGUUGUAUACUGACACAAAACAAAAAAGAAAUCACACAGUCAUAGUAAAAUCAUUACAUUCUUCCUCACGGUUAAAAACUAGAAAGUUGAAAAUUAAGUAAUGUAAUUUUUUUUUUAAAAGCGUUCCAAAUAUUAUGAAAAUAUUAAAAAUUGUGUACCUAACUGUGCAGUUUCGUAUGGAA